UUAUGGAGUCAAAAUCAAUUCCAGGGACCUCUCUAUUGGUGCCUUCAGUCAAGGAGAUAGCGAAGCAACAACUGACAGCAAUCCCUCCAAGAUACGUACGCCAUGAUCAUGACCCUUCUCCAGUAGCCCACACCACUUCUUUACCCCAAAUUCCAGUCAUUAACCUAGGAAACUUAUUUUCUCCACAAUUUGCGGACUUGGAGCUCCACAAGUUCCAUCUUGCCUGUAAAGACUGGGGUUUCUUCCAGUUAGUGAAUCAUGGAGUGAGCACUGAGAUAUUGGAGAAAGUGAAGUUGCAGACUGAAGAAUUCUUCAAUCUUCCAAUGGAAGAGAAGAUGAAAUUUUGGCAAAAACCAGGAGAAAUAGAAGGAUUUGGACAGCACUUUGUCACGUCUGAAGAGCAGAAGCUUGAAUGGGCAGACCUCUUCUACGUGGUUACUCUUCCAACUCAUUUGCGAAAACCUCACUUAUUCUCCAAUUUCCCUCCCUCAUUCAGGGAUGCCCUGGAAGCAUACUCGGAAGAACUGCAAAGUAUUGCCAAGAAAAUCUUUAACCUGGUGGCAAAAACUCUAGGAAUUGAGCCUGAUGAAUUGAAAGAUUUAGCUGAAGAAGGGUGGCAGGCGAUGAGAAUGAACUACUAUCCCCCAUGUCCAGAACCAGACCUUGUUAUCGGCCUGAAGCCCCAUUCUGAUGCAACUGGCCUCACCAUCCUCCUUCAGCUCAACGAUGUGGAAGGGCUUCAGAUAAAGAAAGAUGGGAUGUGGAUUCCGGUCAAGCCAAUUCCCAAUGCAUUUAUCAUCAACAUUGGAGACAUGCUGGAGAUUGUGACCAAUGGAAUUUACCGUAGCAUUGAGCAUAGGGCAACAAUUAGCUCGACUAAAGAGAGGCUUUCCAUAGCCACAUUCCACAACCCAAAAUUUGAUGGAGAGUUGCGUGCUGCAGCCAGCCUUAUUACCCCUGAAACUCCACCGGUAUUUAAAAGAAUGAGUGUUUCAGACUAUUUUAAGGGAUAUCUUUCUCGUGAACUCCAUGGAAAAUCAUUCAUCGAGGUCUUGAGAAUUCCUAAUCACCAAGCUAUAACUAACUGAAUUGGAACAUGAAUACCUACCUAAUCGAAUAAAGGCUUUUGCAUGUUUGGUAAAUUGCACGAGCUAGUGCUUUAUUAAAUCAACAAAAUGUAUUUUAUUAAAUAUCCAUGUAGACUUAGCAAGUAAAAAAAAAAAAAAAUGGCACAACUAUAAA